AUGGAAUUUAUGCAUAAAAACAUCAAAAACAGAAUUUGGUAUUCAGAUAGGUUGCGCGAGAAGAAGAAGACCGGUCGAAGAAGUACGCAAAAGCAAGAUGACUUUUUCGACGAGGCCAUGGACGUAUCAGAUUCUAUCACUUUUGAACAAAUGAAUUUGUCACGACCAAUGCUGAAGGCAAUUGCUGCUGCUGGUUAUACCGAACCUACUCCUAUUCAAAGCGCUUGCAUACCAGUUGCACUGGCUGGCAAGGACAUAUGCGCAUGUGCGGCCACAGGAACUGGAAAGACAGCUGCUUUUGUACUACCCAUCCUCGAACGACUUUUGUAUCGAUCUAAUGCUCGUUCAUGCACACGAAUUCUGGUGUUGGUACCGACUAGAGAGCUUGCCAUACAGGUUUUCCAGGUCUUUCGAAAGCUAUCUACAUACUGUCAAAUUGAAGUGUGCCUUUGUGCAGGUGAGGUGUUUGCAUUCAUUAGUGUGGGUAUUCAUCUCCUAAUCAAUUUCUUGUAAGG